AUGACGACUAGGCCACUAGCCAUUAUUACAGUGACUGCUUCCGGUAUAGGCUAUGCCGUGGCUCAGUAUUUGGAAAAAACACAUUCACUUCUAUUGAUUGACCGAGGAGAAUUUGGCGAUCAUAUUCAAGCAGAGACGCUCCAAUUUGACGUCGGCGAAGCAGUCGAAUGGCAAAAACUGACCGACGCUAUCAAUGGCCGACCUAUUGAUUUUCUGAUGCUUAAUGCGGGCGUCGGAUUCAAGACUUCAUGGACCGAUCCAAAUGACUGGCGUGAGAUGAUGAACACUAAUUUGUUUGGCAUAAUAAAUGGGAUCACAACUCUUUUGCCGUUGAUUGAAAAUAAUAAAGCAACUAUUGUCAUCACCGGUUCUAAGCAAGGAAUUACGAAUCCACCCGGAAAUCCUGCGUACAAUGCUUCCAAGGCCACCGUCAAGUCACUGGCGGAAAGUCUUUCUUACGAUCUUCGUAAAACGAACGUUAGCGUGCAUCUUCUCAUUCCAGGAUAG